GGCAGCAGAGGCCCAGUUGAGUGGAUGAGAGCUGCUGCUGCUGCUGCUGCUGCUGCUGCUGCAACAAGAGACAGGACGCGUCUUGGAUCACAAAUAGGGAUGCAGAGCGCAUGCGCACUGCUCCCCGUUUACUGUAUGAUAUUCGCCGUGGUGGAAAAAAAAGGGUUAGGGGCAGGCAACAAUCGGGAUUUCUUAAAGCAGCGACAAAACACGACGAAAUAAUCUCCAGGAGAUGUGACAAAGGAGUUUUACCAACAGGUGUGAUGAGACAAAGGAACAAAGGAUGCCUUAGAGGAGAGGUUGCCUACAUGCCCGGAAAUCUCCUCAAAGCCUACCGCAGCCGAAUGGAUCUAACGCCCCCCCCCCUCGGCCGCCUCCAGAUCAUGAUCCUCGGCUGAAGCUAUCCCCGCUCAUUCUUUAUGAUCCCUCCUCCAUCUAUGGCGAACUAUAGCCAUGCAGGGGACCACACCAUCUUGCAGAAUGUCUCUCCUCUCGCCACCUUCCUCAAACUGACCUCCCUGGGCUUCAUCAUCGGCGUCGGCGUGGUCGGGAACCUGCUGAUCUCCAUCCUGCUGGUCAAAGACAAGAGCCUGCACCGGGCGCCCUACUACUUCCUGCUGGACCUGUGCGCCUCCGACAUCCUGCGCUCGGCCAUCUGCUUCCCCUUCGUCUUCACCUCGGUCAAGAAUGGCUCGGCGUGGAGCUACGGCACGCUGACGUGCAAGGUGAUCGCCUUCCUGGGCGUGCUCUCCUGUUUCCACACGGCCUUCAUGCUCUUCUGCGUGAGCGUGACCCGCUACCUGGCCAUUGCCCACCACCGCUUCUACACCAAGAGGCUGACCUUCUGGACGUGCCUGGCCGUCAUCUGCAUGGUGUGGACGCUGUCGGUGGCCAUGGCCUUCCCGCCCGUGCUCGACGUGGGCACGUACUCGUUCAUCCAGGAGGAGGACCAGUGCACCUUCCAGCACCGCUCCUUCCGGGCCAACGACUCGCUGGGCUUCAUGCUCCUGCUGGCGCUCAUCCUGCUGGCCACGCAGCUGGUCUACCUCAAGCUCAUCUUCUUUGUCCACGACCGGCGAAAAAUGAAGCCCGUCCAGUUCGUGCCCGCCGUCAGCCAGAACUGGACCUUCCACGGGCCCGGCGCCAGCGGCCAGGCGGCCGCCAACUGGCUGGCCGGCUUCGGCCGGGGCCCCACUCCGCCCACCUUGCUGGGCAUCCGGCAGAACGGCAACACGGCGGGCCGCCGGCGUCUCCUGGUUUUGGACGAGUUCAAAACGGAGAAGAGGAUUAGUAGGAUGUUCUACAUCAUGACCUUUUUCUUCCUGGCGCUCUGGGGGCCUUAUCUGGUGGCCUGCUACUGGCGGGUGUUCGCCAGGGGCCCCGUGGUGCCGGCGGGCUACCUGACGGCCGCCGUCUGGAUGAGCUUUGCCCAGGCCGGGGUCAACCCCUUCAUCUGCAUCUUCUCCAACAGGGAGCUGCGGCGCUGCUUCAGCACCACGCUCCUCUACUGCCGAAAAUCCAGGUUACCGAGGGAACCCUACUGUGUUAUAUGAAGGUUUUUAACUCCGCCCCCCCCCCUUCACUUUUGCCCCUGAUCAAUCUGGGCUUUUUCUUCUUGUACAGCUUUCUCUCUCUCUCUCUCUCUCUCUCUCUCUCUCUCUCUCUCUCUCUCUCUCUCUCUGCUAGCUUUUCUUCUCCUCGUCCCUCCUUUCCAGCAGCCAACCACUUGAGGUGAUCGCACCCCCCCCCAAAAAAAAAAAAAAAAAAAAGGAGGCCGAAGGAGUACAACAGGGCUCUGUGGUAUGCCCCUUGUCGUUUCGUGGAAGGCCAUGCCCAUGCAGAGAAGCAAAAACGCAGACAAUGAAAACGCUUUGGAUUUUGUUUUUUUGUUUUUUUUUUGUUUUUUUUCCAAGAUGCAUUAAUCUGUGAAGGUGUGAAAUACAACAAAGAUGAGGGAAAAAAGAAUACAACAAAGAAAUGAUACCUCUCAAGGAAUCACUGGAAAUGUUUUACAUUUUUCAGAAUUGCACUACACAACAAAGAAGAUGUAAAGAUGUUGCAAAGACAACGCCCCCCCCCCCUUCCCUUUUCUCCAAACUAAACGAUGAAUGCUUUAAUUUGCAACAGACUACACACUCAAAAAAUGCUGUAAGUAAGGCAAACGUGUUGGAAUUACACCAUCACCAGAGGAUAAAGUGGUUUAAAUGUAAGUGGUAACUUUUUUUCAUUUACCAAGGGGAUGGGGGGGCGGGUGGAUUUUUCUGACGUGCGUUUUUUGAAAUUUCAACUAGAAUGGAUCUUUUGUAGUUUUCGCCAUAUGUCCCGAAUAGUGUCUGCCAUUGUUUUUUUUUUUUUUUUUUUUUUAAUUAUCACCUUUUUCAGCGGGGGGAUGGAAAUGCGGAUUUUUCUUUGACAAGAAGCUUUGAGGAACAAACUUGUGCUUAAAAAAAAAAAAAAAAAAACAUUUGAAGAUAAGUGUGUGAUCAUAUCCACGUACGCUAAACACUGUCAUAUUGUUACCGAUGCCAGUCCGGGUGUUCUUGCCUUAAUGGUUACAAUGCUAUCGUCAUCUAAGUUCAUUCGAUGCACUCCUAUGAAGUCAGUCCUUGGAUGCAAGGGGAAGUUAUGAUUUCUUUUUAUUUUUUUAAUCACAUGACGUGCAUGUCCUCUUUUUUUUUUUUUUUUUUACAGGUUUCUCUGACCACCGCGUGCUCAGAGCACAGACAAUGAGUGUGUGUGCGUGAGUGCAUCAAACACUUCAAGACCAGAGCCUUAGUAUGAUAUCUUGCACAAUUUGUAAAAAACAAAAAAACAAAAAACAAAACAAAAACAAGACAAAAA